ACAUCUGUUUCAAAUUAAUUUCAUAAUAAAUUAGUCCAGCGAAGAAUCGGCAUAUUACAAGGUACUUAUUAAAUGAUCCACUCAAGAAUUUGUCUAUAUAACAUAUCUACACAAAGUACUAUUGAACCCACAAGAACAACCAUUUCUACCUUUUUUAGUAUCACCAUUUUCCUUUCUUUCUCAUCAUAAUCUUGAAAUGGAAAUGGAGGAUAGGAUCAGUGCCUUACCUGAUGGCAUCUUGUGCCACAUACUCUCUUUUCUCCCAACUCGUGACACCAUCACCACAAGCCGCCUCUCCAAGCGGUGGUGUCCAUUAUGGCGUUUCGUCCCUGCUCUCGAUCUCCACCUAGAUGAUCAAACCUAUCUUCAAAACGGCUGUAUCUACUCCCCUUUCUUAAACUUUGCCUAUGCCACCCUCCUUUCGCGCAAUGUGCAACAACCCCUCAUGCUUGCACGCUUACGCAUCAACACUCGCGUGGGCCCAAACUACAUCUUCCCAAAGGCCCACUUCAACAUAUGGAUAAAGGCUGUCAUUGAGCGUGGCAUCAAGCACCUCCACCUCGAGAUGCCCCUCACGCUCCCAUUGCCUAGCAGUGUCUUCAAUUGCAAAACCCUCGUUGUUCUCAAGUUAUGGCAGGUUGGUGUCGACAUUCUUCAGUCUGUUGACUUGCCCGUGCUCAAAAUACUACAUUUGGAUUAUGUUAGGGUGGGAGGGAUUGAGUAUAUCUCCAGGAUUCUUCGCGGGUGUCCUGUUCUGGAAGAAUUAAGAGCCAAUCGUGUCAAUUUUGGUACUAUUUUGGGGUAUCAAAGCAUGCCCAAAUUGGUGAGGGUAGAUAUUGGCACUAGUUUUGGGGUUGAGUUUCCUCUCACGGUGGUGUCUAAUGUGCAAUCUCUUCGAUUCUUCUUAGAGUCGAACCACCGACAUGGCUUUCCUUUGUUCCCAAAUUUAAUUCACCUUGAGCUUAACUUUGUGAGCUUUAUUAAGUGGUAUAUGGUGUUUGAGUUACUUAUCCAUUGCCCCAAGCUUCAAACUUUUGUCCUUAAUAAGCCUAUGGCAAGGAUUCUCCCUCAGGAUUGGGCUUGCCCUCGGUUUGUUCCCGAAUGCAUUUCUUCACAGCUUAGGAGGUGCACUGUUAUGAAUUAUAAAGGCACAGAGUGUGAGCUGCAAUUUGUGAAAUAUAUAUUGCAUCAUGCAAGAGCUUUGCAAACCAUGACAAUCCAACAUGGCUUAAAUAUGUGGGAAAAGUUUGGAAUGCUACAACAAUUGGCCAUGUGCCCAAGGGGCUCUGCAACUUGCAAACUUCUAUUUAAAUGAUACUUAAUAGGCCUAUAGGUUGGUUUAAAUUGUUCCUUAAUAAUUUUCAGUUGGCUUAAUUUUCAGUUGGAUUCUGCAUAUGA